GGGUUGGCGGGGUCAGAGGUCACUGAGAGGACAGGGCGACAGUGGGUACGCGAGCGGCCUCCCUGGCUCGGAGGAGGCGGAGGGACUGCAGGCUCAUUCAUUCGCGCCCCCUUGGCCUCCGACCCGCAUCCCAGCUGCCCCAGGCCUGCAGCCCCGCCGCCCGGGAGACGCCCCCAGACUCAGGCCCGAGGAGCCCACGCCUGGCUGAAAGGUUGGAAAAGAAACGACCCUCUGCCGCCGGCACCCGGGGAGUAUCUGAGCUCGAGUCUGGCCACCAAUAAGGGACCAAAAUGACUGACUCAAAAUAUUUCACCACCACCAAGAAAGGGGAAAUCUUCGAGCUGAAAGCAGAGCUCAACAGUGACAAGAAGGAGAAGAAGAAGGAGGCGGUGAAAAAAGUGAUUGCAUCAAUGACCGUGGGCAAAGACGUCAGUGCCCUCUUCCCUGACGUGGUGAACUGUAUGCAGACAGACAACCUGGAGCUGAAGAAGUUGGUGUACCUAUACUUGAUGAACUAUGCCAAGAGUCAGCCUGACAUGGCCAUUAUGGCCGUCAACACCUUUGUGAAGGACUGUGAGGACCCCAACCCCCUGAUCCGAGCCCUGGCUGUGCGGACCAUGGGCUGCAUCCGCGUUGACAAGAUCACAGAGUACCUGUGCGAGCCCCUCCGGAAGUGCCUGAAAGACGAGGAUCCCUACGUGCGCAAGACAGCGGCCGUGUGUGUGGCUAAGCUUCAUGAUAUUAACGCCCAGUUGGUGGAGGACCAGGGCUUCCUGGACACCCUGAAAGACCUCAUCUCUGACUCUAACCCCAUGGUGGUGGCAAACGCAGUGGCUGCCCUCUCAGAGAUUGCCGAGUCUCACCCCAGCAGCAACUUGCUCGACCUGAACCCACAAUCCAUUAACAAGCUGCUGACCGCCCUAAACGAGUGCACCGAGUGGGGCCAGAUCUUCAUCCUGGACUGCCUGGCCAACUACACGCCCAAGGACGACCGCGAGGCCCAGAGCAUCUGCGAGCGCGUCACCCCCAGACUGUCCCACGCCAACUCUGCUGUGGUGCUGUCUGCUGUGAAGGUGCUGAUGAAGUUCAUGGAGAUGUUGUCCAAGGACCUGGACUACUACGGCACACUGCUGAAGAAGCUGGCCCCACCCCUGGUCACACUGCUGUCUGCCGAGCCUGAGCUGCAGUACGUGGCCCUGCGCAACAUCAACCUCAUCGUGCAGAAAAGGCUGAUGCCUUGCUCCUUGCUCUCUGGGCGACCCUGCCCCACCACCAGGCCUGAGAUCCUGAAGCACGAGAUGAAGGUCUUCUUUGUGAAGUACAAUGACCCUAUCUACGUGAAGCUGGAGAAGCUAGACAUCAUGAUCCGCCUAGCGUCCCAAGCCAACAUCGCCCAGGUGUUGGCGGAGCUGAAAGAGUACGCAACAGAGGUGGAUGUGGACUUUGUACGGAAAGCUGUGCGAGCCAUCGGCCGCUGUGCCAUCAAGGUGGAGCAAUCAGCAGAGCGUUGUGUGAGCACGCUGCUCGAUCUCAUCCAGACCAAGGUCAACUAUGUCGUCCAGGAAGCCAUCGUGGUCAUCAAGGACAUCUUCCGCAAGUACCCCAACAAGUACGAGAGUGUGAUCGCCACACUGUGUGAGAACCUGGACUCCCUGGACGAGCCCGAGGCCCGGGCUGCCAUGAUCUGGAUCGUGGGCGAGUAUGCUGAGCGCAUCGACAAUGCCGAUGAGCUACUGGAAAGCUUCCUCGAGGGCUUCCACGACGAGAGCACGCAGGUCCAGCUGCAGCUGCUGACAGCCAUUGUGAAACUCUUUCUGAAGAAGCCUACGGAGACCCAGGAGCUGGUGCAGCAAGUCCUCAGUCUGGCCACUCAGGACUCGGAUAACCCGGACCUGCGGGACCGCGGCUACAUCUACUGGCGCUUAUUAUCCACCGACCCCGUGGCUGCCAAGGAGGUGGUGCUGGCUGAGAAGCCGCUCAUCUCUGAAGAGACAGACCUCAUCGAGCCCACGCUGCUGGACGAGCUCAUCUGCUACAUUGGCACACUGGCCUCCGUCUACCACAAGCCACCCAGCGCCUUUGUGGAGGGCGGCCGGGGCGUCGUGCACAAGAGCCUGCCACCCCGUACUGCCUCGAACGAGAGCGCAGAGAGCCCCGAGGCAGCCCCCACUGGAGCCCCCCCUGUUGAGCAGCCAGAUGUCAUCCCCCCUCAGGGUGACCUGCUGGGAGACCUCCUCAACCUGGACCUCGGCCCCCCGGUAAGCGGCCCUCCCCUGGCCGCCUCCUCAGCACAGAUGGGAGCAGUGGAUCUUCUUGGUGGAGGCCUCGACAGCCUGAUCGGGGGCACCAAUUUCACGUCCCCCCCAGCAGCAGCAGUACCAGCCAGCCUAGGAGCACCCAUUGGCAGCGGCCUGAGUGACCUCUUUGACCUGACCAGUGGUGUGGGCAACCUGUCAGGAUCAUACGUGGCCCCCAAAGCAGUCUGGCUCCCAGCCAUGAAGGCCAAGGGUCUGGAGAUCUCGGGCACUUUCACCCGCCAGGUGGGCUCCAUCUCCAUGGACCUCCAGCUAACUAACAAGGCCCUGCAGGUCAUGACUGACUUUGCCAUCCAGUUCAACCGCAACAGCUUUGGCCUGGCCCCCGCCGCCCCUCUCCAGGUCCAUGCACCGCUCAGCCCCAACCAGAGUGUGGAGAUCUCCUUACCUCUCAACACGGUGGGCUCGGUCAUGAAGAUGGAGCCUCUGAACAACCUCCAGGUGGCCGUGAAGAACAACAUUGAUGUCUUCUACUUCAGCACCCUGUACCCCCUGCACAUCCUCUUUGUGGAGGAUGGGAAGAUGGACAGGCAGAUGUUCCUGGCCACGUGGAAGGACAUCCCCAAUGAGAAUGAAGCCCAGUUCCAGAUCAGAGACUGCCCCCUCAGUGCAGAGGCCGUGAGCAGCAAGCUGCAGGGCAGCAACGUCUUCACCAUCGCCAAGAGGAACGUGGAGGGCCAGGACAUGCUGUACCAAUCCCUGAAGCUGACCAAUGGCAUCUGGGUGCUGGCCGAGCUGCGGAUCCAGCCAGGCAACCCCAGCCUCACGCUAUCCCUAAAGUGUCGAGCGCCAGAGGUGUCCCAGCACGUGUACCAGGCCUACGAGACCAUCCUCAAGAACUGAGGCCUGCCCGGCGGCUGCUGCCAGCCGGGCAGCCCACCCCUCCUCCUGGACUGAAUCUCAGUGCACUUCCAUGCUCCAUGACCCCACUUAAAUUGCUGCUGACGUUUAGGGUCAGGUGAGGAGGGGACCAAAGAAUCAGAGCCAGAGUGGCAGCAGAGACCAGCCCAGGGAAACCCCAGGAUCCUUCUCUGCCCUUCCUUGUGCCUGGAUGGCAUGCACAGGGUUGUCUCCUCAGGCACCAGCCCCGGGAGCCCUUCAAUCCCUCUUGGGUGGGUGUUAGAGGCCCUCUCACUGCCACCCCUCGUGGGCUGAGCCCUGCCAGCCUGUCCUUGGGUGUGCGUGAAGGGUCCCCUUGGUACCAGGAGAGCUGCUGUGUCGAGGGUCGGGCUCCAGGGUGUAGGUGCCAAUAGGGACAGGGCUACACCCCUUACCCUGCCCACUUCUGCCCAGGCUGGUGGCCUGCGGUUCUGCCCAUUGGCACAGCCCCCCAAAAUCCUGGCCCAGCGUGGCCAUGACUCAGCAGAAGCUCCCAGAGCCCCUGACCCAGGACUUCUCCUCCCUAGGUAGCUGCACUGUCCAGCCCCUGCCCCUGAGGGCGGUCACUGCCUACCAUACAUUCCUCGCUGUCCCCUCAGCAGAGUCCAGGGCUCGUGGAGCUGAGACAGGGCUGGAGGGACUGGGGCAAGAAGGUGUGCUUCCUGUUUGGGGUUUUUUGGGGGUUUCUCUUUAGUGUCUGCUCCCCUUUUCCUGGCCUUCCCGUUUCAGUUGUGUCUGACAGAGCAUUAGGUUUUCCUGUUACUGCUGUUUAAUAAUAAAGAUUCUGCUUUUGGCAAUCACGGACACUUUUUUCCCAUCCGCCCAGUGUCAGGAUUAGAAAACUGAGUGGGAUUGCCUCUGAGUGGUUGGGAUGGUUUCUGACCGCUGCAGUCACUAGAUCUAACAUAUAUAAACAGAGACUGUAUAUUGUAUGUUUACUCUUAUUUUCAAAAAGAGAAAGCAAAUAAAAAGGAUGAUAACAAA